AUGAGCGCAUCUACAAGCGUCCAAGGGCAGCAAAAGCUGAACAAGAACCUCAAAACUCUAAAGAGCGGCAUUCGCGGCAUGAUGUUGGGAGGUCUGUCGAGUGCACGGCCCGUAGUGGCAAUGGGUCCAGAAGACAAGCGACCCGAAGCGCGAGAAGACAACAUUCGAGACGGCGAAGAUGAAGAGGAAUUGAACAUUGAUGAUCUGGCGACGGUGCCUCGUGUAGUGGACAACAACAACAACAAUGAAGGCUCCAUGGAUCUCACCGAAUCUGCAUCUGGGUUGCGAACGUCGCUUCAUAUCAAGCAACAAAAGGCAUUGGAGGAAGAAGAGCAAGGAGAAGAAGCUCAUGAUGGACACCAGAGACAACGAUCCGUCAAACGACACGACAGUCCCCGAGGAGCCGAGGACUGGGCCGGUGUUUCCGGUAGUACUACUGCUAGCAGUACCCACAACAACUCCCAACAAGCACCACCACAAGAUUUGUCCCUCAUGGUGGGUUCCGAUCCCAACAUUUACUACAAAGAAGCAGCCGCAGCGUCUCCGCUGUCACCCGUGGCUUCGGCUGUCGGUCCCCUCAAGUACCCGACGUCCGCUCCCAUUCAAAUGCAGACUGGCACUGGCUAUGCUCCCAAUGGCGUACCACAACAACAACAACAGUCUCUGUCACAAACAUCUCAUUCACUCCACAAUAGCCAACAACAGCAACCUCCUCCAACCAGCAGCAUGAACAAGUUUCUACGAGGCAAAAUCAAAAUAUCCGCCUUGAAAAACCUCGUUGUCAAUCCGCUCGACUUGAGUAGUACUUCCGCUCAUCAUACUUCCUCCAAACAACAACAACAGCAACAAUCACUCAAGUCAUCCGUGAAGCAAUCGCGCAUCGAUGAAUCCGACAUUGUGGAUCAUUCGCGACGGCACAAUGACGACGAUCAUCACGACGACAAUGACACACCGCAACAACCACAACAAAAGAAACUAGGAGGCAAAGCCCGCAAACUCAUGCGCAACAGCAUCAUUGGACUCAAGAAUCUCGGCAAAGUCAGCACCAAUCGCAACAACGUAAUACUACUCGAAGACGACACCAGUACCACCUUUUCCAACGCACAAGAUUCCUUGCCGCCACUCAAGAGCAUGGCCGACACGAAGUACGCAAAACCCGUCGAAGAACAACCCAAUCAAGACUUGUUGGAUCAAGGCGUGGCACAAUUGCAUGUGGCCAAAUCAGUCUUUCACGAAAAUGAACAAGCCAAACAACGGAGACGCAAACGCGUGGCCAAACGAAACACGAAUAUUGGUGACUACUUGUUGACAUCCUCCACGACAAGUCAACCCUCGGCGGCCGAACUGGAACAUUUCAGUGUCGGGACCGAAGAACGUCGCAGCAAGUCCAAGCCAAAGUUGGAUCCGCAAGCCCGCGAACGACUCAAGAGACACUCCCGGCAACGGGAAGAACGUUAUCGAUCGUCGGCCAAUCGACGGAGACGACGCCACAUGGCCGAUCAUUCGUCGCGAGGCAGUGUCAUGUCGGUCGAUAGCAAUAGCAAACAACAAGACAGUGCUUUCAUGGAUCGCAUGUCCGUGUCGGAUCGAUUGUCGUCAGUGGGACGCCUGUCCGUGCAUACGACCACCACGAACGAUCGAUUGCACAGUUCCGAAGGGCAACUGUUGGAUCAUGCUGCGGCGCUCGAGGCAGAUGAUACAGCAGCCAUUGCAGAACCAAAGGCCAUGCCAUUGCGGGCACCCAGUGGUGGUGGCGAUCAUCAUCCGCCUCAAAGCUCGAACCGCAAAUUGAAAAAAGAACAAGAUGGAAAGCUACGGGAACGAGUACGGAGUCGUCAGAGUUUGGCCAUGCAACAUGCCAAGGAACCAUCCUUUAGCGCACUCGAAUUGCUCGCACAAGAUGACGAUGAGUCCUUUGCCGAUGACAUUGACCAGAGUGUUGGAUCCAUGGAGGAGGAUGAUGGCGAGCACCAAUACCAUGACGAAGACGACGACCAUGAUGAUGGCGACGUCUUUGCCGCUGCCGACGAGGCUCGCCAUCAUCAAGAAGUGUCUCUCAAGGACAUUUUCAGCAGCGGCGCCGAACAGCCACAUCUGGCAUCAUCGUCGGCUUACACGGUAGAUUCCGUUUCGGCCAAUGUCAGCUUGGAUGUCACAGCAGGACAAGGAAGUUUUCAACAAGUGGAAGGAGCACGGUCCCAUGAUUACCUGCAGUUGGUGAUUGGUGACAAUGUGCCUGCCAAGCUAGCGUCGCCAACCACUGCCAAAGAAGGAGAGGAUGCCGAAAGUGCUCCUGUGGUUGUCACCAAACCAGAACGGAAAAUGGUGCGACGACGCAGCAAGACACGCUUGACAGAAGACGAGAAGCACAGCAGCAGCAAGAGAUCUUCCUCACGGCCGAGUAGUGGAAUGAGACGGGAAGGAAGCAGUCGGAGGCUUGCAGCGGGAGACAAGAAGGAACAACGCCGCAGCAAACCCAAGAGCAGCAGCCGCCGUCGCACAAAAAGCCCACGACGCAAGUCGGAUCAAACCGGGACCCGACGUCGCAAGAUUUCGGCUCGUGAUAGCAUGGGCAAUGCUUCGGAGCCUGCCAUUACAUGUACGAACACUGCAUUCGAGGAGUCUGCCGAGAACUUGACUCAUAGUACAGCAGCAGCAGAGGAAGAGCAAGUACCGGUAGAUACAUCCGCUAGGACGCAGGAUGGUGACGCCAACGAGGAACGAGAAGGCAGUGGCAGCGGCAACCGCGAGGCUCCUCAAAUUGGGGAGCCUGCCGGAGAUCCUGUUGCCGACGCGAAAGCGGCUGCAGAGCCGUCGGAUGUUGUUGCCAGUAGCAACAAGGAUUCGCGUCGCGAGGAAGGAGGUCGAGAUCACAACAAGGAAUCUCGAAAACGGCAGCCUCGAUCCGGCAAAGAAAAGCGCAGCGUGGACCGAAAGCCCAAAAAGUCCUCCAACAAGUCUGGCGGCAGUGACGAAAAACACAAGCAUCGACCCAGCAGCACUCGAGGUCGCGACGGUACCAAGAAGCACCGUUCCAGCACUCGAGGUCGCAGUGAAGCAGGUAAAAGAGAGAGCCGCGGAGACCGAGGACAAACACGUCGGCGGCACAGUUUGGACGCUCGCAAGAGGCUCUCCAGUACGGCCCAUCAUGUUGACACUGCCGAGAAUGCUGCUGGCAAGAAGGAUUCCAAACCCUUGGAUCCCCAAGACAAGAAGUUUUCGGCUAGCUUGGCCGACAUCAAAUGGUAG